CAACUUACGGAAAAAUAAGUUGCACAGCGUGAUUUUAUACAAUUUUCUUAAUAAAACUUUAUUAAAUUAAAUAAAGUCUAUAAAUAAUUUGCAUUAAAAUAUUAGUUUAUGCUGUGAAGCAUAAAAUAAGUAGAAAAAUAAAAGAAUUAAAGCAAUAAUUUGCCCAGUAACUAGAGUUCAAAUAAAAAAAAGCAAAAAAUGGAAACAGAAAACGGAGAGGGUCAAGUACAAGUACAUUUUAAAACAAAACAGGAACACUAUGCCGUACCCGAUGUACCUUACUCCAUAGAUGCCACUGUCACCACCACUGAAUUGAAUACCUUUAUCAAUACUCUCCUGCAACAUGCUGCUUCGGAUGAAGACAGGAGUAAUGUUGAAUUUGAUUUCUUGGUAUUCGAUGAAUACUUAAGAGGACGCCUGUGCGAUCAUUUGAAAGAUAAGGCCAUUUCGUUUGAAGAUGCCAUAGAACUAGAGUAUGUUGAAAGAUUCCCAGCACCCGAACCCCAAGAAUGUCUGUUGCAUGACGACUGGGUGUCAGCGGUAAAAACUUGUGGCAAAUGGGUAUUGACUGGCUGUUACGAUAAUACCAUUAAUAUAUGGACUAUUAAGGGAAAACACGUCUUGACUAUUCCUGGCCACACUAUGCCUGUGAAAGCGGUGGCUUGGGUUUCUUUGGACAAUGAACGUGGCAGAUUUGUGAGUUGUUCUCAGGAUCAAACAGCUAUGCUGUGGGACUGGUUAAUUGAGUCAAAUUCAGUGGAAUGUGUGUCGGUUUGUAAAGGUCAUGAGAGAGGCAUUGACGGUGUUGAUGUUAGUCCAAAUAAACAAAAAUUUGCCACUGGUUCCUGGGAUACUAUGUUGAAAAUAUGGUCGGCGGAUAUUAACGAUGCUGGAGAGGGUACUUCUAAAAGGGCUAGAUCGGAAGGAGGUUCAACAAGAACUCCAAAAAUGACAUUACAAGGCCAUCGCGAAUGCAUUUCUGCUGUUCAAUGGAUGGAUGAUUAUACAUUGCUGACGGGCAGUUGGGAUCACACCAUGAAAGUGUGGGAUUUAAAUAUGGAAGGUAUAAAAACGGAAAUAUCCACAAACAAGUCCAUAUUUGAUGCCAGCUACUCAAAUUUAAACAGACUCAUUGUAACCGCAUCGGCUGAUAAAAAUAUAAGACUCUAUGAUCCCAGAACAAAUCAGGGUUCCAUAGUGCGUAACACCUAUUUGGGUCAUCAACAAUGGGUUCAAACUGUUAUGUGGUCAAAUACUGAGGAACAUCUUUUCGUUUCGGGUUCUUAUGAUAAUCAAAAUAAACUGUGGGAUUGUCGCAGUCCCAAGGCUCCUUUGUACGAUUUGAUUGGUCAUGGCGAUAAAGUAUUAGAUAUUGAUUGGUCUAAUCCUAAAUACAUUGUUUCUGGUGGUGCUGACAAUACCGUACGUGUUUAUAAGUCACGUAAAGCCUUUGCUGCCAACGACACCACCAUGGACACCAAAUAAACAGCGUAAUAGUUUUAUGUAGAAAUAUGUAUAAAAUAUUUUCCGGGAAAAUAUUUCUCCCUUCGUGACUAAAUUUAAAUUUACAAAAAAAAAUGUUUUUUUAUGACAAAAUAAAGUGAAAAAAUUAAAUUUUCAUAAAAAGAAACAAGAAGUUAA